AUGGCUACUACCACUACUCGCGGUUCCAGGGACAGCCCCUUCCCUCCUCCCUCGGAGUCCGAGGUCAAGAAGGAGCUCGGCAUGAAGGGUGACACCAUCUCGGGUGGUGGUUCUUCUUCCUCCACCGAGCUUUCCUACCUCAAGAGCCUCGUUUCCCAACUCAACGAGAAGAUCUCCCAGCUUGAGAGCAAGGCCUCUUCCGCCGUUUCUUCCAUCACCGGUGGUUCUCGGGAAGGUGUUCGCAUGAUCCUCAUCGGCCCCCCUGGUGCCGGUAAGGGUACACAGGCACCUAAGGUCCUCGAAAAGUUCAACAACUGCGUCUGCCACCUUGCUACUGGUGACAUGCUUCGCGAACAGGUUUCCAAGCAGACCGAACUCGGUAAGAUGGCCAAAAAGAUCAUGGAUCAGGGAGGACUUGUUUCGGACGAAAUCAUGGUCAGCAUGAUCAAGGACCAGCUUGAGACCAACCCUGCUUGCAAGGCUGGUUUCAUCCUCGACGGUUUCCCCCGCACCACUCCUCAGGCAGAGAAGUUGGAUGGAAUGUUGAAAGAGAAGAACCAGAAGUUGGACCAUGCGGUUGAGUUGAAGAUCAACGACAACUUGCUUAUUUCCCGUAUUACCGGUCGUUUGAUUCACCCUGCUUCGGGUAGGAGCUACCACAAGGAAUUCAGCCCUCCCAAGAAGCCAAUGACCGACGAUGUCACCGGUGAACCCCUCAUCCAGCGCUCGGACGACAACGCAGAGACGCUGAAGAAGCGUCUGUCCACCUACCACGCCCAAACUGCUGCUGUUACGGAUUACUACAGAAAGCAGGGCAUCUGGGCUCCUGUCGACGCAAGCCAGAGCCCCAAGGUCGUCUGGCAGAGCAUCAACGCUAUUUUCGAGGCUAAGAAGCAGAAGGAGGCUUCCAAGUAG